AUGACGGCACGGAAAACGAGAAAGUGGGCGUUCGAUUCGGAAAUUGUGAUGCACGAGCGGCCUUCCGGCAUCGACAACACGAUCUGCACGUACGGAAAUCUCAUCAAGUUCAAGCGUGGAAAACCGCUCGAGGGUCUGAAGCUUCGCCAGCAGGUUAACAUCCCGAUCGUGGACACCGGAGUUAGUCGGACCAUGGCGAAGUUGGUGGCGGGCGUGGCAGAUUUGAAGAAUCGCCACCCUGGGAUGUUGGACUCGAUAGGACAUCUCGUUGAAACGGCGAUCGGCGUAAGCCAUCCGACGCUGGAGCGGAUCUUCCGAUUGGCUGAAGAAAGUGGAUUUAGUGCAAAGUUGACCGGAGCGGGUGGUGGAAGCUGUGCGUUGGUCUUCUUGCCGCAGGACUAC